CUUACAGUGCAUUUCCCCAACCGGCUAAGCGAAAAAUGGCUACAUAUGGUAACGAGACAGUCGACAACUAUCUUUACUCUUCUUACAACCCUUAUUCCUACAAAUACCCCAAGUUCAAGGGCUGGAGACAGAAGGCUUACUUCGCCAACUACGGUGAAGGCGAGACCUACUUCGAUAAUUACCACAGAGCGCAGCUGAAGUCCAUCUUGUCUCAGAUCAACCCGAACCUCACCCCGCGUCUGAGGAAAGCCAACACCAAAGACGUAGGGAUCCAGGUCAACCCAAAGACCGACGCGUCCAUCCAGUGCUCUCUGGGCCCGCGGACCCUUCUGGCCCGGAAGCGUGAUGCCCUUCGCCAGCGGCGACAGGGGGUUCAGACCCCAGGGAGCCCCAUCAGCGGCGGCGUCCGGUUCCCGCGCACUCAAGCCGUUUACUCUCCGGUUGAGUCCAGGAGGCUAGUGUCCCUCUUCAGGGAGGAGGAGGAGGAGGAGGAGGAGGAAAAGGACACGGAGCCUAAGGCCCCUGAGACGGUGGACAGCGCAGAGAAGGUGGUGAGUGCUGAGAAAGACGAGCGCAAAGAGGGCGAGGAGAGCGCGAAGGAACCGCUUAGUACCGAGAAAAAUGAAAACAAACAGACGGAAACCGAUGAGCAGAACAGAAACGAGAUGGUGAAAUCCGGACAAGAUGAAGCCAAAUCAAAGGCUCGAGUGAGGUUCCAGGUGGGAGAAAUGGUUUUUGGAGCAGAAGUAUGGCUCAAGCAGUUUUGCAGAACAUGUCAGAAAUCAUUCAACCCAUACCGUGUUGAGGACAUAACCUGUCAGACUUGUAAGAAGUCUCGCUGUACGUGUUCUGUAACAUCACGUCACGUGGACCCCCAAAGACCGCACAGACAGGAUCUGUGCGGCCGCUGCAAAGGCAAGCGUCUGUCCUGUGACAGCACAUUCAGCUUCAAAUACAUCAUCUAGCAGCUCUGUCCGCUGCGGUCAGGCUUGGUUGUUGCCCAGCUGGAUUGUCCACCUCAGUCUCUGCACCCUCGCUGCUCAAAGACCGCAGUGGGGAUCCAUCGGUCACUACAGUUUAUUUCUUUUUGUUUUGCUUUAAUUUGUACGUGAAGUAACUGUAGGUGCCAAUUCUAAAAAUAAAAAUGGCAAUUACUAGCACAUCUUGAGUUUUCUAUGAACUAAUCUGCAGCAGGGUGACGUGAAUGGCUGACUUGACUUAUACACUACUAGAAGCAUUUUUGUGCCUAUAAAUCCAGCAAACUGGAUUUGAUUUUU